AUGCAGCUUUCGAUACUCGUCAGCCUCGUGGCCUUGAGCACCUCCAUCGCGGCCCAGGACGCCGCCCCCAAGCCCUGCGCACAGCAGCUGGGCCGAUACACCGCGUGCGUCGCAACAGCGGGCGGCACCGGCGGCUGCCACGCCGCCCGGCUCAGCAGGGAACAGACCAAGAGCUGCAUCAAAAACUGCGACGACAAUUCGGGCUACACCCUUUGCCUCAAGGAGACCCCCUGCCACGCCAAGUAUGACUCUUGCGUCAGCCAGUGCACCAGUCAUCAGGACCAAUGCCUCGCCACUGUCCACGCCAAGUUUGGGCCUGCCGAACAGAGGUAA